ACUACGCAACUUGCUGCCAUUUGGCUAUAAAUACCAACUUUGCACGGUUGGCAUAUGCAUCCUUCGUAGUGCAAUUCACUUAUACACGGAGUUUAAUUAGUUUAUUGCCUUCUACAAUGGAUAGGAUCUUCGCCCGUUUCUUUUGCUUCCUACUGAUUGCGGCAGUAAGCCAUGCAGCUGAUCUGUCCCCCGAGCAAUACUGGCGAUCCAUCCUCCCUAACACCCCAAUGCCAAGCUCCAUCUCCCAACUUCUUAACUACCCUUACUUGCCUGCUGUUAGAUUACCUCGCCGUACGGAUGCUGGUCAGCGCAACUACAAAUCAUCAGUUUCACAUGUGGCUGAACGAUCUCACCGUGUAGAUGAUGGCCAACGCAACUACAAGUUAUCAGCUUUACCUGCCACUAAUGAACUACCUCACCGUACGGAUGCUGGUCAACGCAACUACAAGUCAUCAGUUUCACCUGUGGCUGAACUACCUCACCGUGUAGAUGAUGGCCAACGCAACUACAAGUUAUCAGCUUUACCUGCCACUAAUGAACUACCUCACCGUACGGAUGCUGGUCAACGCAACUACAAGUCAUCAGUUUCACCUNUGGCUGAACUANCUCACCGUGUAGAUGAUGGNCAACGCAACUACAAGUUAUCAGCUUUACCUGCCACUAAUGAACUACCUCACCNUACGGAUGCUGGUCAACGCAACUACAAGUCAUCAGUUUCACCUAUGGCUGAACUAUCUCACCGUGUAGAUGAUGGUCAACGCAACUACAAGUUAUCAGCUUUACCUGCCACUAAUGAACUACCUCACCNUACGGAUGCUGGUCAACGCAACUACAAGUCAUCAGUUUCACCUGUGGCUGAACUACCUCACCGUGUAGAUGAUGGUCAACGCAACUACAAGUUAUCAGCUUUACCUGCCACUAAUGAACUACCUCACCGUACGGAUGCUGGUCAACGCAACUACAAGUCAUCAGUUUCACCUGUGGCUGAACUACCUCACCGUGUAGAUGAUGGCCAACGCAACUACAAGUUAUCAGCUUUACCUGCCACUAAUGAACUACCUCACCGUAUAGAUGCUGGUCAACGCAACUACAAGUCAUCAGUUUCACCUAUGGCUGAACUACCUCACCGUGCAGAUGAUGGUCAACGCAACUACAAGUUAUCAGUUUCACCUGCUGCUGAACUACCUCACCGUGUAGAUGAUGGUCAACGCAAUUACAAGUUAUCAGUUUUACCUGCCACUGAACUAGUUCACUAUACAGAUGGUCAACGCAAUUACAAGUCAUCAGUUUUGGAGACGCCAGAACUUCUCAAAGACCCCGACAUGGCGCUCUUCUUCCUUGAGAAGAAUCUUCAACAAGGUAAAAAAAUUAAUAACGCCCUCCACUUCGCCAACUUGUUGGCCACUACGAACUCCAAGUUCCUGCCACGAGGCAAGGCGGACUCCAUCCCGUUCUCCUCUAAAGAACUACCCGAGAUCCUGGACCGGUUCGGGGUGCGGCCGGGCUCCGACGACGCGGCUGAGAUGAGUGCUACGCUGCAGGACUGCGAGCUGCCGGCGAAUAAGGGAGAGAAGAAGGCCUGCGCCACGUCGCUGGAGUCUAUAGUCGACUUCGUCACAUCCAGCUUUGGGGCCAGUGACGUCGACGCCGCCUCCACCGUUGUGCUCAGUAAGGCGGUGGAGUCUUCUUCGCUGGCGCAGGACUACACGGUGAGCGGCGUGAGGCGAAUGGCCGGAACCGGCCAGCUCAUCGCUUGCCAUCCGGAGUCGUACCCGUACGCUGUGUUCAUGUGCCACCUCACAGAGGCGACGACGAGGGCGUACAAGGCCUCAUUGGUCGGCAAAGAUGGUACUGCGGUGGAGGCGGUCGCCGUGUGCCACACCGACACGUCGGACUGGAACCCAGAGCACGCUGCCUUCCAUGUGCUCGGCGUCAAGCCUGGGACUGUGCCUGUCUGCCACUUCAUGCAGCCUGACGCUGUCGUCUGGACCCGCAGGGGCUGAUGUAUGUAUGUAUGCCAUAUAGUACCUACUUCAUCGUACUGUACUGCGUACGCAUGCUGCCAGCUGCUUUGCAUACCUUGCUGCUGGAGAUAUAUAAUUAAUAUCCAGCACUUAUAUACUCGUCACUUCUAUCGUGUGUCGAAGGUUAUAUACUUGUAGCAUUUGGGGAUGCAGUACGUACGUGUGUCUGUAAUAAGUUUCGUGAUAUGUUGCUUCAUCCAUAUGGACCAUAUGUACCACCAAUCCCAGUGAUAUAUAAUAAUAUAAUAUCGUUGUCUAGUACUA